AUGAAGCCCCAACUCUUCGUACUUUCCGCGCUUGUCGCCCUCGCCUCCGCCGGCGUGGUCGAUCUCAACCUCAAACGGUCCGUCGAAUUCUCCCGCGUGACCGAAGCCAUUAUCGAGUUCCCCCAAGUCAUGGACCAGAUCAAGGGAAACGUGGCUCUCCAAUCACUCUCCGGUGACGCCAAGGUUUCCGCCCUCGUCGCCUCGUUACGCGGCCUCACCUCCGCCGCCCAAGCGCCCCUCGUCGCCGUGGCAAAAUCUCUCGGUCUCACCGUUGAGCAGUACUGGGUCUCCAACGUCAUUUUGGUGAAGGGUCUCACGCUCGAAAAACUGUCUCAGCUUACCUCCACCCCGGGAGACUUUCUCAUCCGAGCGCAGGGCACGGAUUACAUAACUGAUCCGAUAACCGGGGAGGAAGUCGUCACCUUGCAAAACCCGCAAUGGGGCGUGGCCAAAAUUAGGGCAAACCUCGUGUGGAGCAUCACCCAGGGAGAGGGCGUGGUCGUAGGUAUCUUUGAUUCGGGGGUCAAUUUGGGUCAUGAAGCCCUUUCGGCGGGAUACGCAGGGGCCUGGUUGGAUCCCCACCAUAACGAGGCGGCACCCACGGACGUGCUGGGACAUGGUUCGCACGUGGCGGGAACGGUCCUUGGGCGAGCAAAUGGCAUCGGCGUCGCGCCCGGCGCCCAAUGGACGGCCUGUCGUGGAUUUAACCAUACCGGAAACACCACAGAAGCUCUACUUCUCCAAUGCGGUGAAUUCUUCUUGACGUCCACGCCUCGACCAAAUGUCGUCUGCAACUCGUGGGGUGGUCCACAAGCAAAUCCAUUUUUCAGGCCCGCCGUCGAAGCGUGGAGACAGGCGGGGAUCAUUCCCGUCUUUGCGAUGGGCAACAGUGGACGUUUCUGCCGAACGGUGUCAGCCUCUGCUAACAUGCCUGAGGUGAUUGCUGUCGGGGCUACGAAUGAUGUUGACGGUAUGGGCAUUUACUCCUCGAGGGGACCGACGUCUACGGGGUUAAAUAAACCGGAAGUGUCUGCCCCAGGGACAAAUGUCAUCUCGUGCGGGACGGGUGCGAGUAAUUACGUUACAAAUACGGGAACUUCAAUGGCUACCCCUCAUGUCGCGGGUUCGGUAGCUCUUCUUCUAUCUGCCAAUCCGACCUGGGGAUCUGCAAAGCUCGGUGCCGAGUGCUCGAACUCGAACGAGUUCGAGCACUCGGCACCGAGCUUUGCAGAGUACUCGAACUCGGCUCGAACUCGAAAUGGAGGACUCGUUGCAUCACUAGUCUACCAAACUUUACUCUUUAUCAAGUUAACUUAUUCUCUUUUGGGCUCAUCCGGCUGUGGGAAGACGACUUUAUUGUCCUGCAUUGUGGGAAUUCGGAAACUAAAUUCUGGAGAAAUUACCGUCUUUGGUGGAGAACCAGGUUCUCGGGAAAGUGGAAUUCCAGGCAAGCGUGUGGGAUUCAUGCCGCAAGAAAAUUCACUGUACAAUGACUUCAAUUAA